AUGCCCACCAACGACCACUCCAACGACAGCACGUUCGAGGCCCGGAUAUACCAGCCGGGCGCAGCAUCCCCCCACGCACACCCCAGCCCACCGGCCAGCUUCCUCAGCCCCCGCCGCCCCACACGAACACCACCCUCCAUCCAGAUCGCCAUCCUCCUCCUCGUCUCCCUCUCCACCCUCUCCGUCCUCAUCGACUACUGGACCCAGGCCCAGAUCUACAAGCUGCGCUACCCCUGGACGGUCUCCCCCUCCUCGACAUCGUGGAAGGCCACCGCGCGCGCCUAUCUGGGGCUGCCCGCAUGCGACCCCUUUGCCGAGCCGGGCACGCUGGCCUUCAACGAGAGCUUCUACAACGAUGCCGCCUGGAUCCCGCUGACGCCGAGCUGCUCGCCGGCGCCCGACUACCUCUCGGCCCUGCGUCUGCUGCGCGACGUGCCCAUCAGUCUGUCGCUCGCCCAGCGGGAAGCGCUCAUCCGCCGCCCCACCGCCCCCCGGCCCCCCGCCGCAGUCGGCGAGGAGGCCCAGAACGGCUUCGACCGACAAGCCUUCGACCUCUGGGGCCGCCCCUACCCCGACCUCGCCUUCCUCCGCGGCAAAACUAUCCUCCUCCUCGGUGACUCCGUCGACCGCAACUCCCUCGAACAUCUCCACCAGCUCCUCCACGCCGACGUCCGCUCCCUCCACUACACCGACAUCCACCAUCCGCCCCCCGCCGACUGGGACCCCCGCUCAACCCCCUGGGAAGUCAACCUCGGCAUCCUCAACCCCCGCCCCUACAGCAACGCCUCCGAACCCGAUAACCACCGCGCGUUUGCCGGCCUGAACUGCAAGCUGCUCAACGGAUUCUUCUACGGCCUGGACGAUAUCGACGAGUUUGCCGUCCAAGCCGACUGGCACGGGCCAGGGCUAGCAGAGAGCCGGGUGCGGGAGCUCUACGAGCCGAUGAUGCGGGCGUACGGAAACGAAGAUGGGGAAGGCCCGGCGCUGAUCAUGCUGCAGUCGGGGCUGUGGGAUCUCGCGUUUUUCGGGCGGCGGAACCGGCAGAACAACGAGACGACGGACACGCCGCUGGGCGCCGAGCAGCUCGACUGGUGGCAGGCCCGCUUCCGCUCGCUCAUCCGGACCAUCAAGUACACCUGGCCCGACACCCCGCUCUGGAUCAGGACCACCCAUCGCAUCGGCGACCAGUUCUGGGCCGCCCACGACUGGCAGGCCGGCCUCAAACACGGCCUCGGCAAGGGCUUCGUCAACUUCUUCCCCGACCAUCGCGUCCACCAAAUCCGCCAGAUGCAGCUCUUCCUCGCCAGGGAAGAAGGCCUGCCCGUCUUCGACUUUUACUCCAUCUGGGAGGGCUACCAGAAGUUCCAGGAUAAAGUCCAUCCCCUCAAAGUUCCGGGCGGCGUGUUGAUGAACCAGGCCCUGUUGCAUCACGUCUGGAUGGAGUCUAUCGGGAGACACAACUGGGAACCGAGCUAUCUGAAACGCAACCGGAUCGGCAAACUGCCCCACACCCUCCGCGAAUUCUACUAA